AUGGUACAGCAACCUUCAUGUUUGCUACUGGCAGCCUUCGCACUCAGCGUGGUGCGCGGCAACCCUUGCCAUGCCUGCCCAUCAGAUGUAUCUGAUUACUUGGUUGCGCAGACCAAGAAUGGUGCCAUCACCGGCCACAUUGCCACAAACACCAGUUGUGUGGUCGAGUACCUAGGCAUUCCCUACGCCAAACCACCCACAGGCAACCUACGUUUUGCUGCGCCCGAAGCGCCCACAAGUGAAGUACCCUUCGAGGCCGCCAGCUACGGCUUUGACUGCCCACUCUCCCCAUCGCCGCCGACAGAAUAUCCCGGUUUUACACCACAAGCACAGCGGAUAGUUGAAUACUUCGCCUCAGCUGCUGGGACGCCGCAAAGUGAGGACUGCCUGACGCUGAACAUCUGGCAGCGACCUUCUAUCGACCAGUCUGGGGGGUUAAAGCCGGUCCUGGUGUUUUUCCACGGUGGACGCUUUGCCAUUGGCAACACCAACAGUCCUUUCUACACGGGCAAAUACUUUGCGCAAGCCGAAGACAUUGUGGUAGUCACCGUCACCUACCGCCUCAACAUCUUUGGGUUUCCAGGAGCGCCAGGGGAGACUCAGAACCUUGGCCUGCUGGACCAGCGCGCGGCGGUAGAAUGGCUUCGCGACAAUGCGGAGGCGUUUGGCGGCGACCCAUCCAAGAUCACCAUUUCAGGACAGUCUUCUGGGGGUGUGGCUGUUGAUUACUGGACGUAUGCGUACCAGGACGAUCCCAUUGUGCACGGAAUCAUUGCCACAUCGGGAAACGCAUUCAGCUUUCCUGUGAAUAGCCCCGGUCUCCCGGAGAGAAACUGGAAUACUGUCGUGGAUGCUGUGGGAUGUGGUAAUACGACAGAGGCCAUGGAUUGUAUGCGACAGGUUGACUGGGAAGAUAUCAAAGCAGCAGCCGCCAGCGUUCGACCUACCGGAAGUUCCAGUGUUCUGAGGUCAAUCCCCCCAUUCUACCCGAUACCCGACGAGAAGACAGUCUUCUCGGACUAUAUGUCUCGGACAGAGGCAGGCGACUUCUCCCCUUUACCAGUUCUCAUGGGCCACAACCACAAUGAAGAUGGGUACUACAGGAUUCCAGCCUACCGCAACGGUGUUGUACCCACCGACGAGCAGGUACGCUCGUUCCUCCUUGAGUCUUUCACCUGCCCUGUCUCUUUCCAAGCAGAGGCUCGCCGCGCCAACCACGUUCCAGCAUUUGGCUAUCGUUACUUUGCGGACUGGGAUAACACCCGUCUAUACCCCACCAGCGGCGCAUACCACGGAGUCGAUCUGCACAUGGUAUUUGGUGCAUCGGAAGACACGAGCGGCUUGCCGCCAUCGAAGGAACAGAAGCGCCUCACGAGGGUCAUGCAGCGUAUGUGGGCUGCGUUCAGUGAUGACCCAACGUCUGGUCUGACGGAUGCGCUGGGCUGGCCUGUGUGGGAUUCGGAGAGUGACACAUUGGCCCUGCUGGGCAAAGACAACUCUGCAGAGGUGGAAUUUGUGAAGCCAGAAACGUAUGAUGCACCGUGCUCGACGGUCGUCAGGGGGGCCCUGGCAACAGGUUCAAGCGCUUGA